UGUAGUUCCCGCGGUUGUGUUGGGGACACCGGGAAGGACCAGCAGUCAGAGCCCAGGAUCGGCGGUUGUGCUUGCUCGCCGCCGCUGGCAUUAUGUCCCGCGUGCUGGUGCCCUGCCAUGUGAAAGGCACCGUGGCACUGCAAGUGGGCGAUGUGCGGACCUCCCAAGGCCGGCCUGGCGUGCUGGUCAUCGAUGUCACCUUCCCCAGCGUCGCACCCUUCGAGUUGCAGGAGAUUACAUUUAAGAAUUACUACACAGCCUUUCUGAGCAUCCGUGUUCGCCAAUACACCUCGAUGCACACACCAGCCAAGUGGGUGACCUGCCUGCGGGACUACUGCCUGAUGCCUGACCCACACAGUGAGGAGGGAGCUCAGGAGUAUGUAUCGCUGUUCAAGCACCAGAUGCUGUGUGACGUGAGUCAAAUACUGGAGCUGCGCCUGAUUCUGCGCCAGCCGUCGCCACUGUGGCUGUCUUUCACAGUGGAGGAGCUGCAGAUCUACCAGCAGGGACCAAAGAGCCCCUCCAUGACCUUUCCCAAGUGGCUCUCCCACCCAGUGCCUUGUGAGCAGCCCGCGCCCCUCCCUGAGGGUUUCCCAGACCCCAGCAGGGUAUCCUCCGAGGUGCAGCAGAUGUGGGCGCUGACAGAGAUGAUCCGGGCCAGUCACACCUCCACGAGGAUCGGCCGCUUUGAUGUGGAUGGCUGUUAUGACCUGAACUUACUCUCCUACACUUGAGUCGUGGUUCUUAAGCAAGACAUUGACCUUCUGUGCCCACUGAAGACUGGUUUGGGCCAUCAGAGACUGAAGUACUUUCCCUGUGCAUUCCGAGUGUUGGCUUGCAUGCCCGUUCUGUCUGGGCCACAUUCACAAAGUCAAGAUUCUAGGGGACUCACUCUGCUGGUCCUGCAUGAGCUCCUGGUGGGGAGUGUGCACUCUGUCCUCACCUGACUGCAACCAGAAAUUUCUUUUCCUACCCUAAAAACACUCUAGUUCUACGUACUAAGAACCCUUGUGUGCCCUGUGCUGCUUCUGCCAACAUGCGCACUCCUGUCUCUGCCUGCUCCCUCACCGGAGUGCAGUGGUCCGGGUGACCUACUAGAACCUGCUCUGUCUAGCGUUGUAGGCUCUUGCAGCCAUGGCACUCCUGUGGUUUGGAAGCUUGAGGCAGAAACAGGAGCCCCAGGUCUUCCUUCCGCGCCCCCUAGUGGCCUUCUUUCCCUUUGUGUCAUGCCCACAAUAACAAAUUUGCUGUCUGGAUUCCUGCUGCCUGCUUCAUCCUUACCGAAGCUGCAGCUGCUUCCACAGAGCUGCUGUGGUCGAAAAGGAGCCCAGAGUGACAGUUUUCCUUGAGGGUCGUCAUUCUGUUUUCUGUAACUGAUGUGCAACAUUGUGGGAAAAGACAGAAGAAAAAACCAAACAAUUCCUGCUGCCUGCCUAGGGAGCAAAGGUGGUAAUUUGAGCUGCCAGUCCCUUGGUCUCUGAGCUGGCUUCUGGAUGUGUGUCCAAGAGGGUCUGGCCACCUAGCCUGGGCAGGAGCCUCUGGCAAGGCCAAGGUCUGAGAACGAGUCCUAUGACCUAUUUGCUAUCUGACACAGCCCUAAGCACAUUCUUGUCCCUUCUCCCAGCUGCCCCCUUAAAAAAUCCUGCUCAGUGUGAUGAGGGGUCAUGAUGGGGAGUGGGUCCAGGUGAGGGUUCUCAUUGUUGCCAGCCAUGGAAUAAUGCAGGCUGCUCAUCCUAAUAAGAAAACCUUGCUUCUCUGGUUUUUUUUCUUUUUAUUUCUGUCGUUGCCCCUGAUGACUAUAUGAGGCAGCACUGCAAUGUGUUGGACCUGGAAAAUUAGAUAUUUGUAUGGCUCAGCAGCUUUCUGAGGCGAGGUCAGCCACGCUUGGCAGGCCACCCUCUUCUCUCACCCAUCGGGGUUCUCACAGGUGGUACCUUUCCCUGCAGGGUCACUUACUCAGCUCCAUUCAGCUUUUGUUAAAAGGGUAAUGACCUUAGUUCUUUGCUCAGGGAGCGUCGCCCUCUGUGUGUGUGUGCAUAAGCGUGUGUGUGUUGAGGGGGGUGUCUCUGGGGUGGCAGGGACAGUGCUUCGUGCACAGCUGUGUCCCCAGCACCUAGAAGGGGGCCUAGUGUGCAGCAAGA